CAUAACGAAGAGGUACAAAGUGGGAACGGUAGCUCGCAGUGCCACCGCGUUUUGCGUCUCAGAACUCGUCCUCGUCGGUCGUAGAGAUUUCAACUGUUUCGGCAACCAUGGCUCCUCCUCCCACCUCCGAUUUCGACACUUCCACUCCCUCCACGAAGCUUGCAACUUCCUCAAAGACAAAGGCUGCGAUAUUUGUGGAAGAGACCCAUGAAAAAGGGAAAGAAAACCAAUUUACUGUGCCUUCCACUCCUUUCAUAAUGAGUUUUCUAGAAUCUAUUUCUGUAUUCUAAAAGGUCUAUUUAAAAAUUGAAGGUGUUCCAAAAAUUUUGAAGGUGCAGAAGGAAACAGUCGAUGACUAGACACACCAAUGAGAGAUCCAAGUUUGAUUGUUUAUUUUAACACAAAAAGUCUGAGACCUCAAAAAUAUUAGGAAAAUAUUUGUUGACGCCCAUAAUCUUUACUACAUUUGACUCCCUUAGGUGGCUUUAUAAGGGGCAGGGAAAUCAAAUUUUAAUUAUUAUUUCGGCGUGAGAGGAGAGAACAGUUCGCGCUAUUUUUGAAGGCAGGCAAAGUUUCCCGUUUUUCCCUUUGCUACUUUCUCUCAGGGCCUUCUCCAUUCACCCCUUUCUCUUGUCUCUUGGGUUCGCACGAUUCCGUUCAGGUUCAGAGUUUUACAAUGAAGGCAGUUCAGCGGGUAUUCACUUUUGGAAAAGGUAAAAGUGAAGGAAGCAAGGACAUGAAGUUCUUGCUGGGAGGAAAAGGAGCGAACCUGGCAGAAAUGGCAAGCAUUGGUUUAUCUGUGCCUCCGGGUUUCACUAUAUCAACGGAAGCAUGUCAAGAAUAUCAACAGAAUGGAAAGAAGCUAUCCGAUGGCUUAUGGGAGGAAGUGCUUCAAGGCUUGCUUUUCGUCGAGAAGGAAUUGGGAGGCAAUCUUGGAAAUCCCGCAAAACCUCUUCUAGUCUCAGUUCGCUCUGGUGCUGCGGUUUCCAUGCCUGGGAUGAUGGACACAGUUCUCAACCUAGGAUUGAAUGAUGAAGUGGUUGUUGGCUUGGCAGCAAAAAGUGGAGAGCGGUUUGCUUAUGAUUCUUAUAGACGUUUCUUAGACAUGUUUGGAAAUGUUGUAAUGGAUAUUCCACAUUCGUUAUUUGAGGAGAAGUUAGAAAAGUUAAAAAGUGUAAAAGGUGUUAAACUUGACACUGAACUAGCAGCCCAUGAUCUCAAGGAUCUUGUUGAGCAGUACAAGAAUGUGUACCUUGAAGCCAGGGGAGAAAAGUUUCCCUCAGAUCCAACGACGCAGUUAGAACUAGCUGUUAAAGCUGUUUUUAAUUCAUGGGAUAGCCCAAGGGCAAUUAAGUAUAGGAACAUUAAUCAAAUAACUGGUCUAAAGGGAACUGCUGUAAACGUUCAGUCCAUGGUGUUUGGUAACAUGGGGAAUACUUCAGGAACUGGAGUCCUUUUCACUAGAAAUCCAAGCACUGGUGAAAACAAACUUUAUGGCGAAUUUCUAAUUAAUGCACAGGGAGAGGAUGUAGUUGCUGGAAUCAGGACACCUCAAGAUUUGGAGGUCAUGAAAUCUUCCAUGCCAGAAGCUUAUAAGGAACUUGAGGAGAAUUGUGAAUUUCUAGAGAAACAUUACAAGGAUAUGAUGGAUAUUGAGUUCACUGUCCAAGACAAUAGGUUGUGGAUGUUGCAAUGUCGAAGCGGAAAACGUACUGGUAAAAGUGCGGUAAAAAUAGCCGUAGAUAUGGCCAAAAAGAAGCUUGUUGACAUUCGUUCUGCAAUCAAAAUGGUAGAGCCACAGCAUCUUGAUCAACUUCUCCACCCACAGUUUGAGGAUCCAUCUACUUACAAGAACCAAGUGAUUGCCAUUGGUUUGCCUGCAUCCCCUGGAGCCGCAGUAGGGCAGGUGGUGUUCACUGCUGACAAUGCUGAAGAAUGUCAUGCACAAGGAAAAAGUGUUAUCUUGGUGAGGAAUGAGACAAGUCCAGAGGAUGUUGGAGGCAUGCACGCAGCUACUGGAAUCUUGACGGCUAGAGGUGGUAUGACAUCUCAUGCUGCUGUUGUAGCCCGUGGAUGGGGAAAGUGUUGUGUGUCUGGUUGCUCUGAUAUCCUUGUAAAGGAUGCUGAGAAGGUCUUCGUAGUUGGUGAUAAGGUGAUAGCAGAAGGAGAUUGGCUCUCACUGAAUGGGUCAACAGGUGAGGUGAUACUGGGAAAGCAACCACUUUCUCCUCCGGCUCUAACCGAUGAUUUAGGAACUUUCAUGUCUUGGGCAGAUGAAAUAAGGCAUCUGAAGGUUAUGGCAAAUGCUGACUCUCCUGCAGAUGCUGUAACGGCUAGAAAAAAUGGUGCUCAAGGGAUUGGACUUUGCAGGACAGAGCAUAUGUUUUUUGCUUCGGACGAGAGGAUAAAGGCUGUGAGAAGGAUGAUAAUGGCGGGUACACCAGAGCAGAGGAAAGCUGCACUGGACCUGUUGCUACCUUAUCAAAGAUCAGAUUUCGAGGGGAUAUUUCGUGCAAUGGAUGGUCUUCCUGUAACAAUCCGAUUGUUAGAUCCUCCACUUCAUGAAUUUCUUCCAGAGGGCAACGACCUGGAACACUUUGUCAGUGAACUAACUUCCGAGACAGGAAUGAAAAAAGAGGAAAUACACUCCAGGAUAGAAAAGCUAUCAGAAGUGAACCCCAUGCUCGGUUUUCGUGGCUGCAGGCUGGGAAUAUCAUACCCAGAACUGACUGCGAUGCAGGCCCGUGCAAUCUUUCAGGCUGCUGUUUCAGUGAAAAACCAUGGUAUUACAGUUCUUCCAGAGAUAAUGGUUCCACUUAUCGGUACACCUCAGGAAUUAAGGCAUCAAGCGAGUUUAAUAAGGAGUGUUGCUGAUAAUGUUUUGUCUGAGAUGGGUUCUUCUUUAAGCUAUAAGGUUGGGACUAUGAUUGAAGUUCCAAGGGCUGCACUAGUUGCAGACGAGAUUGCAAAGGAAGCAGAGUUCUUUUCAUUCGGAACCAAUGACCUUACUCAAAUGACAUUUGGAUAUAGUAGAGACGAUGUUGGAAAAUUUCUUCCCAUCUACCUAUCUUCUGGGAUUCUGCAGCAUGAUCCAUUCGAGGUACUUGACCAGAGAGGUGUGGGUCAACUCGUCAAGAUUUGCGUAGAAAAGGGUCGUGCCGCUAGACCAAAUCUAAAGGUUGGAGUAUGUGGAGAGCACGGUGGGGAGCCUUCUUCGGUUGCCUUCUUUGCAGAAAUUGGACUUGACUAUGUUUCAUGUUCUCCAUUUAGGGUUCCAAUUGCUAGGCUUGCGGCGGCUCAAUUUGCAGCUUAAGAAACAGCUGCCUGUAUCACAAGCAUACGAGAGGGAGGAUUGAUCGACUCUCUACAAAUGUAAAUAGCUGUUAUUUUUCAUAAGCCCGUAGACAUCACAGACAUCACAAAUGGAGGUUUAUACGAGGACGUCACAAUGAUGAGGGCUUCUAACAUAUACUUAUAGAAGUGAAGCAAAGCAAAAUCAAUAAGCAAAUCUUUGCAAAUAGAUAGUGUUGAUAAUAAUAUACGAGAAAACGUUGUGUACACAUAUUCAUGCAAAUGUUUCUCUUGUUCUUUAUCCUGUCAUAUAAUAAGACUGAAUCUGUAAAAUUCUUGUACAUGUUCUAUUCGAUUCUAUGAUAAUAAAAAUCUCUGAAAAAUUAUUCUCUGUUUAAUCGUCUACAUUUGAGAAAAGAUAAGAAACUUUCGUUUGCAUGUUCUGAAGCGAUAAUAAUCGGAGACUGGGUUGGGUUGAGUGUGUUAUGAUUGGGCCGAAAUGGAGGCCCGAGAAGAAUAUGGGCCCAU